UACGCCCGCGCUGACGCCGCCAAGCGGCUGUUGGACGCCGGGGCCGACGCCAACGCGCAGGACAACACAGGGCGCACGCCGCUACACGCCGCCGUGGCAGCUGACGCCCAGGGGGUCUUCCAGAUUCUGAUCCGAACCCGGGCUACAGACCUGGACUCUCGUAUGUACGACGGCUCCACUGCCCUGAUCCUGGCUGCCCGCCUGGCCGUAGAGGGCAUGGUGGAGGAACUCAUCACCUGCCAUGCAGACAUCAACGCUGUCGACGAACUGGGUAAAUCUGCUCUGCACUGGGCAGCUGCUGUCAACAACGUGGAGGCCACCAUGGCCCUGCUGAAGCACGGAGCCAACAAAGACAUGCAGGACCUCAAGGAGGAGACGCCUCUCUUCCUGGCGGCGCGUGAGGGUAGUUGUGAGGCGGUCAAGGUCCUCCUGGCCCACUUCGCCAACAGGGAGAUAACCGACCAUAUGGACCGUCUGCCACGGGACAUCGCCCAGGAGAGAAUGCACCAUGACAUCGUUCAGCUGCUGGAUGAGUACAACACAGUGAGGAGCCCCCAGGGCCACGGAGGGGCCCCACACYAYCUGGCCGGGGGACACACCCUGUCCCCCCUCAUGUGCCCCCCCAGYGCCUUCAUGCCCGGCCUGAAGAACACCCCCCAGGGGAAGAAGAGUCGCCGCCCCGGGGCAAAGGGUUCAGGUCUGGGAGGGCAGCAUGCCCAGAACCUCAAGGAUUCAGCUAAGGCCCGCAACAAGAAGCUGACCCUGGACAUGCAGAGCGCCCUGCUGGAGAGCUCKGUCACCCUGUCSCCCGUCGACUCCCUGGACUCCCCCCGCGGAGGGGCCAACAACGCCGGCUACAUCACCAACCCCUGCUCCCCGGUCGCCAUGYCYUCCUCGGGGCUCUUCCACUCCUCCAUGUCGGUGCCCAGCACUCCCAUGGUGCACAGCAGCAUGAUGGACGGCUCUGGCCCCUUCGCUGUGUCUCUGGCCCAGCUCAACGACCUGGGAGAUGGAGGCAUGUCCAUGCAGGGCCGCGUGUCCAUGGCCAGCCAGGUCAACCAGGGCCCCCACGGCUACRUGCUCAAYGCCGGCCAGCUGGGGCUCAACAUGGGCCUGGUGAGCCCUGUCAGCGUGCCCUUCGACUGGCACAGCCGCAUGCCCUCCUCCUCCCAGUGCGGGGGACAGGUGGUGAACCUGGUCCACAGCAGCCAGGCGGGCAUGCACCCUCAGAGCCCCAUGCAGCAGCAGCAGAACAGCCUCAUGAUGCAGCAGCACCAGCAGCACCAGCAGMACCUGUACCGCAGCGCCCAGCAGGCCAUGCUGCAGCCCACGCCUGUCAUCGCCAGCACGCCCAUCUCCCACAGCCCCGUCAAGCUGCCCUCCAUCGCAGAGCAGCAACAGCAGCUCCACAACCACUCCAUGGCCAGCCAGCAGAGCCUCCGCAUGGGCACCUCCUCCCCACCCACCCCCCAGACAACACAGCCCCCUCCAGCCUUCUUCCAGCAGCAGCAGCCUCCUCAGCCCCAGCCAGCCACUCAACCCACCUCUCCACAGGCCUCCCAGGCCCCUCCUCCCCAGGCCAGUGGCAGCACUGCAGGCUUGGAGGACUACCCCACCCCGCCCUCCCAGCACAGCUACCCCUCCACCCUGGAUGCCACCCCCAAGCAUUACCUUCGCCUGUCCAGCGAGCAUCCCUACCUGACCCCCUCCCCAGAGUCGCCCGAGCCCUGGUCCAGCCCCUCCCCCCACGGUGUGUCUGAUUGGUCAGACUCCACCCCCAGCCCGGCRGUGGCCGGUCCUGCCCAAACSCAGAUCCCCCAUGUCCAGGAGUCCAACGGCAAGAUGCAGGUGUUUGCAUGARCCCCCAAGGCACCUGGUUAACACCUGGUUAACACCUGGUUAACAGA